UAUUUUGGACUUUAAAGAGCAAGCUGGUAAUUGAUCAAAACACAGUGUUAAUGGUCAUAUAUUUGCUUAAGUGCAAAACUUUUGCCUCGUCACCGAUAUUAUGCGUUCUAAUUUGGAUAUUAUUUACAUAAUGUUGAUGACGUCGUGGCGAUGACAUUUGUUGAUACGGUCGGUAUAAAUAAAGUCUGCAUUUUGAGUAAGAACACUUGAAACCUGUACAUUGUUCCGAUUUCAGACGACAAGAAUGAGUGGCCAACAAGGAAAUGCCUAUCCCCCUGGCCAGGGGCCUCCACAUCCAUCUCAAAGUGCCUAUCCACCACCUGGGGGAUAUGCUCCCCAACCUGGUUAUGGUAUGCCCCCACUUGGUUAUGGUAUGCCUCCACCUGGCCAACCUGGAAUGCCCCCUCCUGGGCAGCCUGGUUAUGGUAUGCCUCCACCUGGUUAUGGUAUGCCCCCACCUGGCCAACCCGGAAUGCCCCCUCCUGGUCAGCCAGGAUAUGGUCAACCAUAUGGAAUGCCACCACCAGGUGCUAGCCACCCGUAUCCUGGUGGUAUGCCUGGCCACCCCCACCCAGCUGGUUUCAAACAAUCAUCUGGGAACGACAGUGAUGACAGCCAGCCAGGAGACCCAGGUUUGAGAUCAAGAGGAGGUUCUAAGAAGAUCAAAUGUCAUUUUGAGAAUAGAGCAGGCACCAAAGUUAUGUUGUGCAGGAUUGAUGAGCAUGGAAAACCUCACAAGUUCUUGAAGCUAAAGGAUGGCAAGGGAGAGAAGGCAGAAAUCAACGAAGGGGAUGUCUUCUUUGCCCUGGGAAAGAAGAAGAAAAGACGACAGGUUAUCAUCAAUAAUAACACUGUGUAUACAGUAAUGGCAGAGAAGGAUGGAGAAAAUAAGGUGAAGGCAGAGAUUAAUAAAGGACCAGAUAAACCGAAAGAGCUGGCCUCUGAGAAAGAUAAUAACGUCGAAGUUAAGGUGAAGUUCAUUAAUCGCAGCAAGAAGACAGUUCAGCUUGUCUGGGUGGAUUACAAGGGGAAAUGGGAGAAGAAGAAGGUUCUCGCUCCUGGAAAAUGCUACACAACUAAAACAUAUGAAUGCAAUUCAUGGCUCGCUCAUGACGUUCAAGACGACAACGAAGGCUUGUUCAUGAAUUAUGGCUUCUUUUACUCACCGUGGAAGACGAGGCUAAGCAAAGAACGUGUCAUUAUUACGGAUGAUCGUCCAUUUUCCGACUCCUCUGGCAGUAGUAGCAGCGAUAGUGAUUAAUUCACUUGAUCCAUGAAUGGGAACACGAUUGUAAAUGCGACUUUAUCUGAAAAUAACAUAGUUUUAUGAUACGGUUUACUCGUUAAAAUGACAAGUCGAUAUUAGGGAAGUUCUUUAAUUUAGGGUUUGUAAUACCAGUGAUUUCACAAUUGCAAAUAUACAAAUGAAAAUA